AGAUAAACAAAUUUUAUAAUUGUGAGCAAUGAUAACAUGCUUUUAUUUCAUAGGUAUUAAAACUAUUGAAUUAUUUUGAAGCUUAUUAUUUAUAAAUAACAAAAUUCCUUUUUUUUGCAUUAAGUCAUUUAUCAUUUGUGUUCAAAAUCAUUCAUUUGUUGUUCAUUAUGUUGUAUCUUCAAGUGUUGUGACUGAAAAAAGAAACAAAGGAAGUCUUUAAGUAGUUUGCAAAUCAAAUCAUCUCUUCAUGAAUAACUAAACAUUUUGAGUGCCUAAAUUUUAUUAACAGUUUUUCUGCAUAGAAGUUGAUCCCCAAGUUUUCAUUUCAAAAUAGGAAUUGCAUUUAGUGUACAAAUUUACCCUUGAAUUUAUAUUUGUUGAAAACAAUUAUGAUGAUACUGCUUGUCAUAAUCAUUUUAAAUUUCUGAAGUCAUUAGUACCAAUUCAAAAGAUUCAUUCCAAAAAUACUUAAUUUUUUUUGUAUAUUAAAGUUUCGAUUGUAAAAUUGUAUUAUUUUUCCUGUGUUUGUAUUUUUCUAGAUAAAUGUCUAGAUAAAUUUUAAGCUAACGAUCAUUCCUUUUGUUUCACGAAAAAAAAAGUUGACAUGAGAGUAUUCAUAUUAUUGGUAUGGUAGUCAACCCUGAUUCUUUAGUUGAAAUUUAUGUCUCUUUAAGUCGACUUAUACAGUGAAAAAUGCAGUAGUCUUCUGGUAUUCACAUGUUUAGAUACUCAUAUUUUGACCAGCAGACUCCUAUGCAUUUCUAAAUUAAUUUUUCCUUGUGUAAUUUUUUUUUGAGCGGCGGAAGGUUAAACUAAAUUGUAAAAGUAAUCUUAUCAUGUAUUUUUAUUUUUCAGUUUUCUCCAGGAAAAAUGGAAUAUAUCAAUGUACUCUUUGCCAAUACUCAAAUAUUAAUAAAGCAAAGUUGACAAUGCACGCCAGAGUUCACACUGGUGAGAAACCCUUCCAGUGUACUUAUUGUAACAAGCGCUUUUCCAUAAAGGGUAAUUUGAAAAGUCACAUGCUUGUUCAUUAUAGGACCCCUAUUUUGUAUAUGUUUUGCUUUUCUUUUAUAGCAUUCUCCAAGAAAAAUGGAAUUUAUCAGUGUACAUUUUGCCAGUAUUCUAAUAAUUUCAAAUCAAAGUUGACUUCACACAUCAGAGUUCACACGGGUGAAAAACCCUUCCAGUGUAUAUAUUGUCAAAAGCGCUUUUCACAUAAGGGUAAUUUGAAAAGCCAUAUGCUCAUCCAUUCUGACAGAACUGGUUUGCAAUGUGCAUCAUUCUCUAAGAGAAAUGGUGUUUAUCGAUGCACAUUUUGCCAAUAUUCAAAUAUUGACAAAUCAAAGUUGACCACACACAUCAGGGUUCACACUGGUGAAAAACCAUUCCAGUGUACAUAUUGUCAAAAGUGCUUUUCACGCAAGGAUAAUAUGAAAAUUCAUAUGCUCAUUCAUUCUGGCAAAAAAAAUUUCUAA